AUGCGGAGCCGUGAGAUAACCGCUCGCAUGACUAGAGCGUUGUUACAACCUAUAUUUUUAAAGGGUGGCAUCUAUCGAACGUGUGGCGUAAAAUCAAAGAUAGAAGAGAUUUGUGAAGCGUUCGAACGUUGCCAAGGUGAAUCUGCCGUCGAUCUGGCGCACGUCCAUCCAAUGAAUCUAGCAUCAGUCAUCAAACUAUACCUUAGGAAACUUCCCGAACCUUUAAUGACAUUUGAAGCGUAUAAUGAUUGGAUUCGAUUUGGUAAGAAAUGUACGGGAGAAGCCGACGAAGCCGAUAUUGAAGAGUUGAAACGACUUUCACGUCGUAUGCCCUCAUAUAACUAUGAGACGUUGAAACAUCUAAUGCUACACUUGAAUCGGAUACUGCAAAAGGGUAAAGUAGCUGGGCCACACCCUCUCGCACCUUAUCCUCCUGCACUGAUGAUAAUUUCACUUCAAAGAACAGCAUACUGUAGCGACAAAGAACAACAUACUGUAGCGAACCUGUUACAGAAAAGAAUCUUUUAUUCUUAA